AUGCCCCACCUCCCCCAUGCCCCACCCACCUCCCUUCUAUGUCACCUCCCCCAUUGCCCAACCCCACCUCCCUCAUUUGUCACCUCCCCCAUGCCCCACCCACCUCCCUCAUUUGUCACCUCCCCCAUGCCCCACCCACCUCCCUCAUGUGCCACCUCCACCUCCCCCAUGCCCCACCCAACCCAACUCCCUUGUGUGUCACCUCCCCCACUCAUUUGUUUCCUCCCCACCAUUCCCAGCAACAUCUCUUUCACCUCUCUGUCCGCCUCCUUGCCCAAGCCUCUCUCACCUGCACUCUCCUCACAUUCCUCUCUUGCCUCCUCUCUCCCCUCUUCCCUCCCCUGCGCCCCACCUCCCCCACGCCAGCAACGUGGCCUUCAACUCUCUGUCUGGUUCCCUGCCCAAGUCCCUCUCCAAUCUGCAGUCCCUCUACUCUCUCUGCAACUACUCAAGAGGCCAUGUUCGGACUCUCUUCAGCGUUCUCACGGUUCUGUGACUCUCCCCUAUCUCCCUUCGCCCCUCCUCCCCCCUCUCCUCUUGCAGCGACCUCAGCAACAACCACUCCUCCAGUGGCAACGUGCGAACUAUCUUCAGCGCUCUCCCUGUUCUGGGUCCCUCCCCUUUCUCCCUGCGAUCCUCCCUUCUCUCUCCCUUGCCCCUCCUCAUACCUCCUCAACCCUCUUCACCCCUCCUGACCUCACCAACCACCAGCGAUCUCAGCAGCAACUAUUUCAGUGGCCACGUGCAAACUAUCUUCAGCGCCCUCACUUCACUGCAAUCCAUCCCACCACCACCACCGCCAUUCCCCCCAGGUCCCCUCCCACCCUCCCCUCCCCCUUCCCCACCUCCAAAAUCUCCCCCUCCCUCCCCCCCGUCACCUCCGAGCCCCCCUCCUAG